UAUUCAAAAACAAGUCUCAGCUGUGUUGGUUUUCCAUUGCCUGUCCCCUGGGCAACCACAGGUAAUCCUACGCAAACAGAAAAUUACAAUCUUAUUUGCAGAUAGAUGCUGCUUGCUAAGUAUGGUAGUACAUCCUUGUUAACAUUACCAUCGAAUAGUUACUCAUUCAUUUUACAAAAUCUAAUUCUGAAGUGCUGCCAAGAUUCGCUGGAAUCAAUUCUUAACAACUUCACAGCAACAAAAAUUCCAAAUGGCCUUCACUGGAAAGUAUGAAUUGGAGAGUCUGGAAAACUUUGAACAACUCUUGAAAGCUCUAGGAUUCUCAGAUGAUAUCGUUCAGAAAUAUAAAGACAAAAGCAGCGUUGUUGAGUUUGUUCAGAAUGGGGACUCCUUUCAAUGCACUUACCACUUUGGUAACAGAGCUACCACAAACAAUUUCACCAUUGGACAAAAGAGUGAAUUUGUAUCUUUCACAGGGCACAAAGUUGAGGGUUUGGCGAAGCUGGAAGGUGAGAAUAAGCUUGUUAUCACAAUGCAGGGAUUGACUGUAAUGACGGAGCUGAGUGGAGACAGAAUGAUUGAAACUAUUACCAAUGGAGAAGUUACCUGCAAGAAAAUUAGCAAAAGAAUUUAAAGUACAGAAGUAAAUGAAGCCUGAACUGCACCAUGUUAAUGAAAGGAAAGCAACCAUUUUAGAGUCAUAGAUACGAAUGGAUUAUUAUUUAAUAAAUUUUGGGCAAAUGAUUUAAAAAUUCUCUGUCCAUGUUAAGUACAUAAUGAACACGUCAGACUUUGAAAGUCUCUAGUCUUUGGUUAAAUUGUUUUACAAAACAAUUUUAACAGGUGCCCAGAAAGAAACAUGUCCCUUAUGUAAUUAUUUGUUUUGUGUAAACUGAAUAAUGACAAUUGCCUUAAAGCAUUAUAAAAUGAGUUUAGCCAUAUGCUGAAUUUUCAUAUAAAAACAAAGUACUGCAAUAAAACAGAUUAUUGAUGUGAAACAUCAAUGCUGUAAAGAUUUUGCUUAACCUACUAAGUAUUCCAGUAUUUUCUAUAUUUCCAUGUCUGAGUUACAAUAUAGUGAAACUGAUAGAAUGGCACAUUUUUUCCCUCUAAUCUAUUUUUGUUUGAUCAUAGAAACAUCCUAAUUUGAUAGUAUAAGGAUAUCUCUGAAGGAGUGAAAGCUGAUAAUAAAUUACAAAGGGCCUUUGUAUAUGAGAUAAAAAAUCGUUACCCUUAGACCAUACAUUUAUGGUCAAUCUCCUGAUUAGAGAUAUUCCUUCCAAAGUAUAGAGAGAACUGCACUUAAAACUGACAUCAACUAAGAGAUUAACAUUUAAAAUCUCUCCCAUGUCUCCUAGUUUAAAUGGAGUACCUUACUGUAACCACAUUACAUCUUUAAUGGUUGAUAUGGUCUUGAAACACGCCAAGAAAAAUAAAGUUAUCAAGUAUUCAAUAAUCACCACAUUUUAAUUUUAGCAUGACUUCAACUCACCUUCCAGAUUUAUUGAACAAGGUUUUCCAUCUGAUGUUGGUUGACCAACCUUUAUGGUGGAGCCAACCACCUGGAGGCCAUGUCCUUUUUGAGAGAAAAGUUAAAUAUAUAAAAUAAUUAUUUAAGUAGAUCAUCAAUAAAAAAGGAAUUAUUUAUAGGGGAGACUAAUUUUCAACCAUAGUGUUCUGUUCUAAUGGCCUUUCCAUCAUUAAGCCCAAAUAACACUUUCCUUCAAUAAGUCUAUACUUGAUUUUUGUACGAAGAAAAUAAAUUACCUAUUGAUUUGAAUGACUAUAAAUUAUAUAGCAAUGUGGAAAACUAUUGAAUAAUUGUACUAUGUAACUAUGUACCAGUGAAUCAAAAGAAGCAGACAACAUUUUCACAAACAGAAAAGGAACUGUUUCACAAUACCACGUUGGCAAAAUGCCCUUUCUGUUUUGUUGAUAUCUGCAUUAUAAAAAUAACUCUUCAUGGGUUUUAUUUGCAUGGGAAAAUUCUGAACAUCUCAUCUGCAUUAAAUUUACCAGUGCAACAAAAUGCAAUUCUGGUUGUGAUUUGCCAAGGGAUUCCUCUCCGGAUUUCUAAAGUAACGACUGAAAAUUUCAGAUCUAGUGGGAACAAACAAUCGGCUGGAAGGACUCAGCGGGUCGAGCAGCGUCUGUGGGAGGAAAGGAAUUGUCAACCUUUUGGGUAGAAAACAAUGCAUCAGGAUUUCAACCUGGAACAUCGACAAUUCCUU